CACGCGGAAAUAGUUUAGAUCAUUUAAACAUAUAAUUUCAAGCAGACAGAGUGUCUUAUCGAUACGGAAUCUAUUUAAUUGUUUAACGAUACACCUUGGAUAUUUAAUACAACAUGAUUUUAAGCAGCAUUAAUUUUAUCAAAGCAAAUACGAAGCCCAAAUUGGAAACUGACAGCAAAUUUACGGAUUUUAUUAUUGAGAAAAUUAAAGAAGAACAAGACCGACGUGAUGCUGCACUUGGUGUUGGGACAACUCAUCUGUCCAAAAAAGAACAGAAAUCAACAACAACGUUAAUCAAAACAGAUACUAAGGUACCCCCACGUGUUCCACCACACAAUGCGACAGACAAUACAGUGGUUUCUAUAGAAACUGGAGACGGCUACUUCAUGGGUUUCCACAAUAUGUAUAAACGAAUUGUCCUUUCAGACACAGAAACGCCUAACAAGAAUUGCAUUUUCCAUCAGAAACAAAUCCAUGCUCCAAGUAAAGAAGGAGAGAAAGAAAAGAUAUUGGUAGCGUUUCAUUUAAAUCACGACAAAACAAAAUACAUUGCUGUUGGCACAGAUAAAAGAAUAGAAAUUUCGGCGAGCGACACCGAGUUGGAUCCAUCAAAUCCAGAUGAUCGAUUCUUCAUUAUUCAUGAAAUAGAUAACGGAAUGGUUUUCGUUCAGCCUUAUCAUCAUAAAGGGUGCUACUUUCAUCACAUCGACAACAAUCUCACUGUCAGCAAGUUUGAGUUAAAUUACCGCCCACCAGAGGAGUUUUUCUUCAAAGUCAACAAAAUUAAGGUUUUGGAGACCGAAAUGUCAUCCGCCUCAUCCUUCGGUUCAUCCGUCACGACAGAGGAAGUAACGCAAAGUCAAGUGAAUACAAAUCAACAACAUCAUCUUCUCCACGAAAUUUCAACUAAAUCAUCGGCUUUUUCUCAAAAAUCUCAAAAUGUAUCAAAAGGCGACAGAAAACAAUCUCACAAACCUAGUUUGUUUCGUGGAUGUUUCGGACUUGUGUCAAAAUCAGAAAAGAUACAGAAAAAGAAGUGUUAACUGUAUUUUCCUGAAACAUGUAUACAUCCGCAUUUAUUUCCUUUUUUAGGUGGACUUCACCUCAGCUUUGCGAAUGAUUAACUGAUGAUGUAAAAAGAAAGGGAAAUAUAUAUUUGAAGAUGAUGUUUCCUUAGUAUUUGUUUGUAUCUAUGUUUAGAUUGCCAACUUCCGAUAUGACUAAUAGGAGGAAGCACGUUGAGAAAACUAUGAUUGAGAGACUGUAAACGCUGAUUUCCGCAUUUAUAACAUUCAUCGUUCCAUUUGAAGAAACAAACUUUCCCCCAAUCUAGUCAAUUUACUGUAAAUGGGUUCAUGAUAAUAACCCUAUAUACUGUUCUGAAUAUUAUGAAUGUAUUUAUUUUGUUGUAUGAAUGGUUUCUAUUUAUUUUUUUAUUUAUUGUUCAAGGAAAUUGUUAUGUUUUAUAUGGAUUGUUUUUUUUUAAAUACAUCCUGCAUUUGAAAUUAAUUUGUGUAACAGAUUGUUUAAGGCUAUCUUGUUGAUCUCAAAUAAAGAGUAAAAUUUA